AUGAAGACUUCCACUCUCUGCACUAUUGCCUUUUCAGCCACGGCCCUGGCGGUUCCGGUGUCUGUGACUACUAGUGAUCACGGCCUGGCUGACCCCGUCCCUGCCCAUGCUCCGGAGGGUGAGGUCCAUGCUCGCCUGCAGUCUCGUACCUUUUUCCCUAUGGGUGGCUUAUGCCCCCCAUGUGGUGAAGAAGGAGCCAGCCUGAAAGCCCGCACCUUUCUCCCUUUGAUUCAGGGCUUGAUAGAGCACAAGAUGGAUAAGUUCGGCCUCUGCUCGCCGUGUGAUACCAACACCAACACAAAUGACAAUUCGAACUCCAAUGACAACUCUAAUACAAACAAUAAUUCCAAUGAGAAUAACAAUUCCAAUGAGAAUACAAACAACAAUUCCAACACGAACAACAAUUCCAAUACCAAUAACAACUCCAACUCCAACUCUAACACGGUGACAAACAACAUUAAUGGUGGAACUCCUCCUGGAGGCACUCCCCCUAGUGGAAGCACCCCUCCUACUGAGGGUAUGCCUCCCAUUGAUGGGAUGCCUCCCACCGGCGGUAACCCUCCUACCGGUGGCACUCCUCCUACUGGCGGUACUCCUCCUACUGGUGGUACUCCCCCAACUGAUGGGAUGCCUCCCACCGGCGGCACCCCUCCCACUGGCGGUAACCCUCCUACUGGCGGUACUCCUCCUACUGGCGGUACUCCUCCUACUGGAAGUACUCCCCCAACUGAUGGUAUGCCUCCCACUGGCGGUACUCCUCCUACUGGAAGCACCCCUCCAACUGGCGGUAUUCCUCCCAAUGGCGGUAACCCCCCAACUGGAAGCACUCCUCCUACUGGUGGUAUGCCUCCCACUGGAAGUACCCCCCCUACCGGUGGCACUCCUCCUACAGGCGGUAUGCCUCCCACUGGAAGCACUCCCCCAAUUGAUGGUAUGCCUCCCACUGGCGGUACUCCCCCUACUGGUGGUACCCCUCCCAGUGGCAGUAAUACAGUCUGUGAGGAAGGUGACAAUACCUGCACUCCUACAACCGGUGGCACUCCCCCUACUGGAAAUAUGCCUCCUACUGGCGGUAUGCCUCCAACUGGAAGUACUCCCCCAACUGGUGGUACUCCCCCAUCUGGAGGCACUCCUCCCAAUGGCGGUAACCCCCCUACUGGUGGUACUCCUCCCAGUGGUGGUAUCCCCCCAACUGGCGGCACUCCUCCUACUGGUGGCAUUCCUCCCAGUGGCAGUGAUACAGCUUGCGAAGGCGACAACUCCUGCCCUCCUACAACAGGUGGAAACACGUCUGGAGACAACAGCAACACCACUGGCAGCAAUACGGGAACCAACAAGGGAGGUAGUAACUCUUCUGGCUCUUCGAGCUCUUCCAGCUCUUCGAGUUCUUCUUCCUCGAGCAGCUCUUCGUCCUCUACUACUGGCGGAACUCCCGGAUGCGCUGAAUGCGAAGCUCCCCCUCCCGCGGACUGCGAAGACUUCGAAUAA